AUGCCGCCUAGCCUGGCCCCGACCAUGAAGUACAUCGUCGUGAGCGGUGGUGUCAUCUCGGGCAUCGGCAAAGGUGUAAUUGCAUCGUCGACGGGUCUGCUCCUGCGCACGCUCGGAUUGCGUGUGACGGCGAUCAAGAUCGACCCGUACAUGAACAUCGAUGCGGGCACGAUGGCACCGACAGAGCAUGGCGAGGUGUUCGUGCUCAACGAUGGCGGCGAAGUCGACCUGGAUUUGGGGAACUACGAGCGGUACCUGAAUGUGACGCUCGGCCGCGACAACAACAUCACGACCGGUAAGAUCUACCGCCAGGUCAUCGAGAAGGAGCGCCGUGGUGACUACCUCGGCAAGACCGUGCAGAUUGUGCCGCACCUCACCGACGCGAUCCAGGACUGGAUCGAGUGCGUGGCCGCGCAGCCCGUGGAUGAGAGCAGUGAGAUGCCGGACGUGUGUAUUGUCGAGCUGGGUGGCACCGUCGGUGACAUUGAGUCAGCGCCGUUCGUCGAGGCGCUGCGUCAGUUCCAGUUCCGCGUGGGCCACGACAACUUUGCCCUCAUCCACGUCUCGCUGAUCCCGGUCAUUGGCGGCGAGCAGAAGACCAAGCCGACGCAGGCGGCGAUCCGCGAUCUGCGCGGACUCGGCCUGGCGCCCGACAUGAUUGCUGCUCGCUGCGCGGCGCCGCUCGAGCGCAAUGUCAUCCAGAAGCUCUCCCUCUUCUGCCACGUCGGCCCCGAGCAGGUGCUCGGCGUUCACGAUGUCAACUCGACCUACCACGUGCCCCUGCUCCUCGAGGCGCAGGGUAUGGUGCGCUUCCUGGAGCAGCGCCUGCGCCUCGAUCUCGCGAACGCUGUGCCGGCGCCGCGCGUGCAGGCGGGCCUGGACCUGCGUCAGCGCUGGAAGGAGCUCACUGUGGACCAGGAGCGCUCGUUCGAGGUCGUGGAUAUCGUGCUCGUCGGCAAGUACACGGCGCUGCAGGACUCGUACAUGUCCGUCGUCAAGGCACUGGAGCACGCCAGCAUGCGCUGCCGCCGCAAGCUGCGCAUCCACUGGGUCGAGUCGGGCGACCUCGAGGCCGAGACCGAGUCGCUCGACCCGGUCAAGUACCACCAGGCCUGGCAGAACCUCUGCUCGGCCAAGGGCAUCAUCGUGCCGGGUGGCUUCGGCAAGCGCGGCACCGAGGGGAUGGUACUCGCCGUGCGCUGGGCGCGCGAAAAGAGGGUGCCGUUCCUCGGCAUCUGCCUCGGCUUCCAGCUCGCCGUCGUCGAGUUUGCCCGGCACGUCUGUGGCCGCACCGAGGCGCAGUCCGCCGAGCUCGUCGAAACCACGACCGACCCCGUCGUCGUGUACAUGCCCGAGGUCAGCCGCACGCACCUGGGCGGCACGAUGCGCCUGGGUCUGCGCCCCACGCUCUUCUCCGACGAGAGCGAGUCGCGGAGCAAGAUCCGCCAGCUGUACGGCGGCGCGCCGAUCGUGUGGGAGCGCCACCGCCACCGCUACGAAAUCAACCCAGAGAUCGCCGCUGAGCUAGAGAAGGGCGGGCCCCUCAGCAGCGACAAGCUCGUGUUCAUCGGAAAGAACGAGAAGGGCAACCGCAUGCAGGUCGCCGAGAUCCACGACCACCCCUACUUUGUCGGAAUGCAGGCGCACCCUGAGCUGGCCUCGCGCCCCCUCAACCCGUCGCCACCGUUCCUCGGCCUUGUCGCUGCAGCAUCUGGCCUGCUCGAAGAGCAGAUCCAGGUCCAGUUGCGCACCUUCAAGCCGCCCCACCCCCAGUCGGCCAUGGUGCUCGAGUCCGAGGCGCCGGUCGAGCCGUCCGCGUAG